AUGAAGUGUGCAUGGCAAUGGAUACUGCUUAUAACCUUAUCACUGGCAAUCACAGCCGCUGGUGACUGCGACAAUGAGGAAGAAGAAGAACCUCUGACUCGAUAUCCUAUAGCACUAUUCAAAUGGAGCGAAGUCAAAGUUCCUUUGACGGUAUCACUGUGGCUAGUAGGAGCCAGCAUAGCCAAAAUAAUUUUCCAUGCUAUUCCGCAUCUAACAGAAAUGUUUCCUGACUCGGCUCUACUCAUCAUGAUUGGGCUCAUCAUAGGAAUCAUCUUCAACUUACUCGGGGUCGCUAAGAAUGAAUUCUUCCUCGGUAGUGAAGUAUUCAUGCUGUUCCUUCUUCCGCCUUUAGUAUUCGAUGCAGGUUAUUUCAUGCCGGCACGGCAGUUCUUCGACAAUCUCGGCUCGAUUCUCUGCUUUGCGAUGAUCGGAACUACCUUCAAUAUUGUAGCUAUCGCUCUAUCAUUGUGGGCCAUCUCUCUUACGGGUCUGUUUUCCGUAGAAACUCCGCUCAUUCAUCUCCUUUUAUUCGGUUCUGUUGCCGCUGACGUUGAUCCAGUUGCUGUUAUCGUUAUUUUCGAAGAAUUGGGGGUGAGUGUCUUACUGCAAAGUCGGAAACUCCAAAAUAUUUUUCUAAAGUAG